CGGCUGGGCGAGGGCGGACAUUUCAAGUUGCUAUAGACGCCGAGCGACGGCUGGAGCGGGACUGGUGGCCUGGGAUGGUCGGGGUUUGGCAGCUUUGGCGGCUAUAGCCGGUAUGGAACUCGACGGCGAACACAAGGCUGCACAGUACCUAUGGCAGACUCGUCGAGUGACUCAGACACACCACUGCAUAAUCUCUCCAGGAGGCGACGUUCACUGAAUGCGACAGCAAGGGGAAGGAGCAGGUUGCACCAUGCUGCUCGAGUCACUGAAAAGAUUGACACGUUAGCAAACACUUUACAGGACACCAGUCGAGACCUGAAGGCUGUGGAUCGUUUGCUGGGACAGUACAGGGGCUAUACCAAUGAACAAAUGGAGGCCGUAGCACAGCUGCGAGAUAAUUUAGAACAAUCCAUCGAUGAGCUGCGAAGCCAGCGAUUGAGCAGAAACGCUGGAAUAGCUCCUCUUCGUGCAAGUGAGCUGCAAAGUGACUCAGCCACAGUAGGUCAUCGAUAUCGCCCUACCUCGCCCCUCAGGGACCCUGGAACUUACACAAAAUCAAGUCUCAGAAGGUCUAGAUCUGCUUCUGUGAGAUUUGUAGAUGAGACUGAGCCACUGAAUCAUGUGCACUCUUUACAUCAGUCACUGAGGGACCUCAGCAGUGAUCAGCUACGGCUUGGAGGAGAAAUUGAUCAGGAAAUAGCUCGGAGAAAUAGGGCUGAUAAGGAAAUGAGAACUGCUAUCGAUUCAUUGUCGGAGAGAGUGCGAGAAACUUCCGGAAAAGAGACUGUGUCAGAAAGGGUUGAAAGGCGCCUUCAAGAAAUUGAAAAGGAAAUGAGAAGUGAGCGACAAUUAGCAGAACAUCGCCAGGAUCAGCUAGGACAGAUAGCAGUGCAGCUGCAGGAGGAGUUAAAGAAACGGGAUAAGAUUGAUGAAGUGGAGAGGAUGAAGAGUAAACUUUCAAAAUCUCAAGAGGAGAAGCUCCUGAUCGAGCAAGAGCUCAGCCGCACACGACGGAAAUUAGACCAAUCAGAAGGAAGUCGGGAAAUACUGGCUAGUCAGAUAGAUGAUUUGCGCGAUCAACUGUUGAAGACUGAACAGGAACGAGUAACUUUGCAGCACAGCCUCUUGCAAUCACAGCAGAAAGGUUAUCGUGAAACAGAUGAGGAUGACAGACUGACUCAAGCAGUGGCUGCAAGAUCCAAGCUUGAGAAGCAAGUGCUGGAAAAGCAGAUUUUGGAGCUCAGGGCACAGCUGAAUGAAGAUGCUAUGCGGUCUGAAGUAGGAGAGCUGAAACGAUCCCUCGAGAGAAAAGAGAAACAGAAAAUCGAACUGUCUGCACAGAUUGAGGUUCUCAGCUCAGACCUGGCGAAGAGAGAAAAACAGCAGCUGAGGAUGUUGAACCAGCUUCAGGAAAUCCAGAAAUGUUAUGAAGACUGCAUGCAAGAUCGUAAGUCUACAGCUUUGGAAAUUGCAGACUUAUCCCGCCAAUUAAAAGAGUCUAAUGAAGAAGCUGAAAGAUUCAGGACUCAGUGGAAAGAGGUUGAGCUCCUUCGACAGGAAAGUGAAAAGAAGAGGGAUGAAUUGAAGGUAAAGGCUCAGGAGUCCAUCAGACAGUGGAAAGUGAAAUGCAAGAAAUUGGAGCGUGAUGUGGAGAGGCAGAAGGAGGCUGUCGAUCAGUGGAUGGAACAGCAUAACCAUGUGAGUAAAGAGAAAGACGCGCUGCAGGGGCAACACGAUGCCUCCUUGCAUCAGUUGGAGAGCCUCCGCAGGGAGCUCAAUGAUAUCAUCAUGAAACGAGUGCAGCAGGAAGAGGACAUCCGAAGGAAAGACGUGGAGCUUAAUGAGCUGAAGUCGAGGCUGCUGCACCUGGAUGGUGAGCUGCGGGAUGCUAGGGAGUGUGUGCGCAAGCUGGGUGCCGACAUGCAUGAGGAGUGCAUGCUGCACACUAAGGUCAAAGAGGAGAAGCAGCAGCUUGUGGAGGAACUGAUGAUGCUGAGGGAUCAGCACGAGAGAGGCCAGGAGAAGCUCUCAGAAAUGCAGCAAACAGUCACUGAGCUGAAUACCAUUCGAUCUGAGCUCAGCGCUAAGCUGGCUCAAGAAGAGAGCUCCAAGAAGGAGAUUAAGAAGAGACUCUCGGAAUCCCAAGUGAAGCACACCCUGGCCCAAGAAGAGAUUGAUUCCCUCAGCAACCAGCUGAAGUUGGAGAAGGAUGCUCACAAAAAGGAACUUGCGGAUGUCAAAUCAGAGAUGCAGAGUCUAAGAAUUAAGCAUGAGAAGAAAAUGCAGGAAGUACUUAAGCAAAUUCAAGAAGAACGAGAUAAACUAGAAAAUACCAUCAGUGCAUUAAAGGCUGAACAAGCUGAAGAGAGAAACUUUGCAAAAGCGCAGCGGCGCCAAGUGGAAAAGAUGAAAACAGAAUGCAAUAAACUCGCAGAAGAGCUCAUUCAGGGCGAGGCAGAAAACACCAAACUGAGGAGGAAAUACCUCGCACUGAAGCAAGAACUGGAAGCAAAGGGUAAGCUGGCGGUUAACGAUGAAGAGUGUGCAAGACAACUAGAGCAAAUGACAUUUCAGCUAAAAGAUCAGAUCACAAAGGUGCAGACAGAGCAAGAGACAAUCCUUGGUGCUAUUGGAAAAGAAAUUGAGAUUGCGUGUGAUUUCCUCUCCAGGGAUACUAGUGACAAGUUCAAAGCAAUAACGCUUACACCUGGAUUAGAAAAUGAUCCCCAUCGCUGGCUGGCUGAAAUGAAAACCAAGCUACAGUGGCUGUGUGAGGAAGUGAAGGAGCGCGAUGGACGGGAGCUCAAGCUGCGAUCGCAUCUCCGGCAGUGUCGAGGACAGCUGAAGGAACUCAUGCAGAGCAAGGAGUCAGAGACCGAGCUUUUCAUAGAGCAAAUCACGAAGCAGGAGCAUCUCCUGGAGGAGAUUCACAGGGAGAAAAGAGGCAUUCACAGUAGAACAAAGAAAUGCAAUAGAAUCAAUGAAAAACUACACACAAAGACUGACAAACAACCAAUGUACAAAAGAAGACAAACUGUGCAAAUAGAAAAAAACAAUAAUAAUAAAUAAGUAAGAAAUAAAUAAUCUUGAAUAAUAAUAAUGAUAUCAGUUGUAGAAUCCUUGAAAGUGAGUCCAUAGGUUGUGGAAUCAGCUCAGUGUUGAGGUGAAUGAAAAUAUCUGUACUGAUGGUUGAAGAGUAAAUCAAGUACGCCCUUGUUGCUCCUCAAGUCGAGUAGAGUUUAUCGUCAUAUGUGCAAUUACAGUGAGGUACAGGUGUGGUGAAAAACUUGCAGCAUCAUCACAGGCACAGAUAAGAUUUCAAGUUUCAGAUUUUAGAUUUAUUCAUCACAUGUAUAUCAAAACAGACAGUGAAAUGACACACAGAACAUAAAUUUAUACCAUACAAUAAAAGAAAGACUGUGUAGAAGCAAGACCUAAGAUAUAAUCUAAGACAAGUCCUCACUAUGCAAGAGUGCUUAGUGCAUGUGCAUGGUGUUCCAAUGCAGAGGUACAGUUAGGGUUACGCAGGUCAUUUCAAGAACAUGAUGGGUUGUAGAAAAGUCGCUCUUCAUGAACCCGGAGUUGUGGGAUUCCAAGCUUCUGUAGCUCCUGCCUGAUAGUGGCAGCAAGAAGAGUGCACAGACUGAUUGUUGGGGACCCUUGGUGACUGAUGCAACCUCCUUGAGGCAGCAUCUCCUGCAGACACUGCCUCAAGACUCAGUAAUAUUGUGGUCAGUUGUAAGAUUGGAGUAUGAUUCCUGCUGCUGCCUAUAAGGAGUUUGUACAUUCUUCCCGUGACUACAUGGGUUUCCUCCUGGUG